AAGGCCGGACAAGAAUCCAUAACAUACAUGAUUCGAUCCCAAAAUAGCACUAAACAGAAUUUGAGGAAUACUCUGAUGCAAAUUCUUUAAUACGGUUGGAAAAGCAGAACAAGUGAAGAGACAAAGCAAGAAGACGACCUAACUGAGCCAGUAUUAAGCAACAAGAAGCAGAAGAUGAAAGAAGAAUAAAUAAAUAAAAAAUGAAUUAAAAAAAAAGACGUUAAAGUGAAACGCAGGUUAGUUUGUAGCAUUUUUUGUAUCCUCUGUGACGUUCUUUCUUCACCGAACUCUCCCGCGGAUCCAGCACCGUACGCGGAGGAUACCAUCGGACACCAGAUCUCUCUUUCUCUCUCUCGAUGAACGAUUUCGAUGGUCUCUUAACCAGCGAUUUCGGGUUCAAACCCCAAGGAAAAUCGGCGCCAAUGGCAGCACCUAAAGCUUCGUCCAACAAUUCAUCUUCUCUCAACUUCGAUUUAGGUUCGCGGUCCGCUCGAGCUUCCAAUUCCUUGGCCGGUCACGACUCCGUCAACGCCGCUUCCUUUGACGAUCUCUUCAGCGGCGGUGGCAAGUCAGACGCGUCCUAUGACUUCGACUCCGUGUUUCGCGGCUCCGCCGAUUUCCGCUCCAAGUCAGUUAACCUCCCGGCGCAUGACAAACCGGUCUACGACAAACCGAUGCAUGACGACGACGACGACAUUUUUGACGGCGUUCCCGGCCUCAAGAGCUCCUCCAAGUUCUCCUACGGCGACGUUCUCACUCCGGCCGCGUUCGAUGAUCUUCUCGGCGGGUUAGGUAAAUCGAAGCCUUCGGAGAAGAAAGAGCGAGGUGUCGCGGAUUUUGAUGACUUGAUCCCUGGAUUCGGGAGCAGCAAGGUUUCCACUGAUGGGUAUGUUACGUGUCUGUAAUUGAAUCUAUUUAAUUUGAGCUAGUGAAUGUUGUGUAGUAGGAGUUGAGGUUUAUUUACUGAUCUUUGGAACAAUCUAUUUGUUUGCUGAAAGGGCGUGGGGAACUGAGAUUGUGACGGUAAUGUAAUUGAGGAGAGAAAGAAGCUUUUGUUAACUAUAUAAUUUAUGGACCACUUGAAAUAAAAUACCAGAAAAAUAUAGGGAGGGCCAGAAAAACUAUAGGGAGGGAGUUUCAAUUCAUUUCAAGUUCUUCUUUCCUGAAUAGUUGAAUUGAAUAUAACAUGCCGAGGAGUAUAAAAAGUGUUUUUGCAAAAAUAUUGGUUCUUAGCUUGCUCCGUUAGUGAAUUAAGUAAUUUAAGAACAAUAAUAAUGGUCUUAGGAUUGUGUUUAAAUUAACUUGUGCAGUGAAGACAAACAAUUGGGUGUGGAUUUUGGAUUGUUUGUGUAUAUGUGGAAUAUCCGAAUAUCAUCUAGUGUCUUUUCAUAGUUCAUCCUUUAGAAUUAUUCCAUAACUUAGAGAUCACACCCAUGAGUAUAAAAGUUCUCUGCCCGUGAUAUUCGUUUGCUGGUCUUCAUUGCAAAAGAAUUUAGACUCGUAGUUCACAAGCCUACUUAUCUACCGAUAGGAACGAACAUUGCUAUCAAUUCGUUUUGACUGCCUGAAAUCGAAGUAGAUAUUCUGAAGUAUGCCUAUAUUACUGGACUGAUUUGGAGAGGAACGGGUAUAUUUAUUUAUUUUUUUCUGAUUAUGUAUUUUUCUUCUAUAUUUGCACAGACUAUCUGUUUGACAAUGAGGACUCAGGUGUAUUAUUUCUAGGAGCUGACGAUUGUCGGUUGUGCAUUAAUCCUCUUAAAUACACUUUAUAUGUCUUUUGUAUUUUGAAAUAUUAGGCUGAGGUUAUUUGUUUGAAUGAUAUCAACUUUUUACGGUAAUCUAUCAAGUUGUCGUUUAAGGGUUCACGACAUAGUUUGAAAGGUAAGGUGUAGUUAGUUAUACUUGCUGACUUCAUUCAUUAAAGUAGACAGUUGAAUGAAGCUCAAAAAUUAGUUCAGGAAAAAUGGGAGAUCCACCAAUGAACUUAUUUUAUUCCGUGGUUUAUUUUCGUGACAUUUUCAAAUUGGGUAUUAUAGGUAGGCAAACUUGGGUUGUGUCAGAACAUUUUCACACAUAGAGCAUUAGUGAUUUAUAUAAAUUCAUUUACUUAAAUUACUGCAUAAGUUUAAGAACCUGCUAAGCAUCCAAACACUGAGGGAACCUAGUUAGGUAUUAAGGGGGGAGAACCAAAUACUUAAAUACUUAACUGAGCAUCCAUACUAGGUGAUGGGACCCAGGCAUCCCAUAACAUCCAAAUCUCUAUUAGAACCCUUACACUCUGGGAGGAUUAAGUUCUGUUAGGAUGUAAGAAGGAACCUGAAGACUGAUUUUAUUGGUUGAAAGGAUUGAACAGAAUCUGAGAACAAAAAUACUCCAAUCCACCUCAAAUAUUUUGUUAUUUUUUUUAGUCAGUAUCACCAGUGUCUCCUUAUUACUUGUAUACAAUUAUUUCAUUUCCUAUCCUUUAUUUUGUGACUACUCGUCCAUUUGAAACAUUUUCAAUUUUACUAAUCCUGCUAUUCAAUAUUAGAGUAUAGAUAGCCAAACACGCAGCAGUAUAACAAGAAUUUGAGCUGGUUGGUUCCUUGCAAUCAUAGUUAACCCUCGAUGCCCUUGUCCAUGUUAACCAUUUUUGUUUAUUUCUUAUGUGUGACAUCUUCAUUACGUCCUCCAUCAUUUUUUAAUAUUC